UUACUAUCGUGCCUUCGUCCAUUUGGUCGCCUGCUUUGGUUAGGCCUUCCAACGACGCGUUUCCUUCUAUCAUCUUCUUCUCCGCUUCAGGUGCAAUCUCUCUUUAUUUCCCCCAACAUCACUCAUGCAAGAAUCUCGAAUCUUACUCCCCCAAAUUCAUCAUACCAUCCACUUUCUACAUCGAUCUCCGCGAACAUUAUUAUGAAAAACCCCAAUUUCAGGGUUAAGUUGAUCUUCGUGGGUUUUCAAUUUGAGAUCUGGAUGAUAGAGUUUGAAUCCAGGUGCUGAUAAAGGAUUUGAUCGAGGAAAGAUGGAUAUGGAUAAUAAUGGUGAAGCGGGUUGUCUUGACCCUGAAUUGUUACAGCUGAAUGAAGUGUCUCCUCUGGCUAUUAAAUCAAAUCCUUAUGUUGCUGAGAAACUGUUCGAGCAAUGGCUCUCUCUUCCUGAAACCACUCCUUUAGUAAAAUCUUUAGUUAACAAUGCAAAGGCGGGUGUUCCAUUGAAUGUGCCUGGAUCAACUAACAGCCCUAAGGCUACUUCCGGCUCUUCAAUACCUUCCAUGUUUCCAGCUGGCAGUACACCUCCACUCUCACCAAGAAGUUCAUCUGGUUCUGGUUCUCCUCGUAUUACAAAACAUAGGGCGGGCCCAUCAGUUUUAGGUUCUCCUUUGAGAUUAUUGAGUGAGCCAGCAAAAGAGUUAAUACCUCAGUUUUACUUUCAAAAUGGUCGUCCACCCCCAAAUGAACUAAAAGAACGAUGUUUAUUUCAAUGCAACCAAUUUUUCUAUGGUCAUAUGGAAGGGCUACAAUUGCAUGAAUUCAAACCAAUUACAAAGGAAAUUUGCAAGCUGCCUUCUUUUUUCUCUACCGCUCUUUACAAAAAGAUUGAUGUUAAUGGCACUGGUGUGACCAGGGAUGCAUUUGUUGAGUAUUGGAUCCAUAGCAACAUGUUGACAAAAGAUAUAGCUACCCAAAUAUUUACAAUUUUGAAGCAGCCUGAUUUGAGAUAUCUAACUCACGAGGACUUCAAACCCAUACUUCGUGAACUCUUAGCAAGUCAUCCAGGUCUGGAGUUCUUACAAAACACACCUGAAUUUCAGGAGAGAUAUGCUGAAACGGUAAUAUACCGCAUAUUUUACUAUGUGAAUAGAGGGGGUAAUGGUCGUCUGACCCUGAGGGAGCUCAAACGUGGAAAUCUAAUUGCUGCAAUGCUGCAUGCAGAUGAAGAAGAAGACAUAAACAAAGUUUUGAGAUAUUUCUCUUACGAGCAUUUCUAUGUAAUAUAUUGCAAAUUCUGGGAGCUGGACACAGAUCAUGAUUUUUUGAUUGAUAAAGAGAACCUUAUAAGAUAUGGCAACCAUGCAUUGACCUACAGGAUUGUUGACAGAAUAUUUUCCCAGGUUCCAAGAAAGUUUACGAGUAAGGUUGAAGGGAAAAUGGGAUAUGAGGAUUUUGUCUACUUCAUUUUGUCUGAAGAGGAUAAGUCAUCUGAGCCAAGUCUUGAGUACUGGUUCAAGUGCAUAGACUUGGAUGGAAACGGGGCAGUGACAAGGAAUGAGAUGCAAUUCUUCUAUGAGGAACAGUUGCAUCGCAUGGAAUGCAUGGCUCAAGAGCCUGUUCUUUUUGAGGACAUUUUAUGUCAGAUAGUUGACAUGGUUGGACCAAAGGAUGAGGGGUAUUUUACACUUGGCGACCUAAAAGGAAGCAAACUUUCUGGCAGUGUUUUCAAUAUCUUGUUUAAUCUGAACAAGUUCAUGGCGUAUGAAAGCCGCGACCCCUUCCUCAUUCGUCAGGAACGUGAGAAUCCGACAUUGACAGAGUGGGACCGGUUUGCACAUCGGGAAUAUAUACGGCUUUCAAUGGAGGAAGAUGCUGAAGAUGCGUCUAAUGGUAGUGCAGAUGUAUGGGAUGAAUCCCUUGAAGCCCCCUUUUAACUUUUAAGCACCCAACCAACCUCCCUCCUCUCUCUGUUUCACUUGAGACUUGAGACAUUCUUUAAUUUAAGCAAGCAAAGCAAGCAGCAGGCAGAAGCAGAGAAGGCUGCGAAGCUUUUGAGUUUUGAGCCAGUCAGUCAGUGUGUCUGUGUAUGAUGAAAGCUGAAAAGCUGCAAAUCAAUCGAUCCAUUGCACACACAAGUAUACAAAAGGGGGUGGGGAUUCCAGAUGAAGUCAGUCAGGUGAUAUAUAUAUAUAUA